GCAACAUCUUGUUGAGGAUUGGUCUUUGAGGACUACCUCCUCGUGAAGCGCCAGUUGUCAGCCACAAUGAUGUUAUGUAGGUAUGGUGAAGCGUGUCAAUCUUUUUUUUUAAGCUCUUUUGAUUAUGUCUUAGGGGCCUAAUUAAGUUUUUUUACUUCCCUGUGACAUACACAGUUCUGAUCUAUGAAAUGCUAUAAAAGGAAUCUCAUAGAUACUCCCAAAGUUGUCUUUUGCAGUUUCGUAAGACGUCGAGAAGAAGUGGUCUUCCCAUAAAACAAGCUUGGAAAACAAAAGGUUCGGAAAAAUCUCCCGAAAGAUGUAGCUGGAAAUCAGAAACACACAAAAAAUGCCUCAGUCUUGUUUUAAAUACUACCUGCUGGUAGGCCAACUCUUCUCAAAAUUACAUCGGCCCUAUUCGGAAGAGCCGUUUUGGCGCUUUGAAAAUUCUUGCCUUCUUCGACCGCUCAUUUCUCGAGAUUUCCAUUGCUUUUAUUGAUGGAAUUUUAACCUUAAAGCCUCGUCUGUGCAAAAACGGGCUUUAAUGCGAAGUAAUCAGUCCGAAGUAAUCAGUAGUAAAUUCCUUUACAUCUGUUUUGUUAUUUCCAUGUCAAUCUAUUCCAGGUUUGAUCCAUCAUGUCCAUCAAGUUGUACGACGGAAGCGGUUUGAGCCACGAGUUUUCAGAUUCAGAGGAGAACCUGAAAAAGGAUGGUGUUUCCUUCGUAAAAGCCGUUGUUAGUUCGGGAACCUGGAUCUUCUACACCUACCCAAACAACAAUGACGCACAACAUGGUGCUGGCCCAUCUAACUACAAGGUUGUCAAGCCUGGACCAGAUGUAAAAAUCUCGAGUGUGAAUGGCUCCAUGCUCCUCCUUCCGGACCAGGUAGAAGGAGUCAUUCUGUUCGAGCAUAGCUUCUACGGUGGAUCCAACAAGUGGUUUAAAGAAAGUUGCCCAGAUCUGAACCCCUUUUUCCCAACCGGGAGAGUUGGAGGAGUCUCCUCUACCAUCGUGCUAUCCAAGAACGAGAGGUUUGCAGCCUACACCAAGCCCAACUAUCAGGGCUUGCAACAGCAACUGGAGCCAGGCAAGUGGUAAGAAAGUCCAAAAGCCAUGAAUUUCCCCAACGACCGAAUGCAGAGCCUCCACAAAGAAUGAGAUGACCAAUCUGACCUGGCUCUUCGCUUCCAUUUCC